CGAUUUCUUAACUUUCGGGCCCCGGGAGCAGAAGUAGAGCCGCCGGGCCGGGGCGGAGACGGGGUGCGGGCUUGCAGCCGCUGCGUGCCCGCGGACUUCUCGCCUGCGCCGGGCGCCCGGCCUCUCCGGCCAAGUGGGGAGCGGGCGGCGGGCGGGCAGGUGGCCCCGGGCCGCCGCGCCCGCGCCUUGGCUCUGCCCCCGGGAGCCGAGCGAGCCGCUGCUCCCUCGUGGUGUGAGGGCGGUGAUGUUUUUCCUCCCACCCACUUUUGAGUGCCCCCUCCCCCCUCGCGCGCACUCUAGCUCUCGCCACAACCUGCGAGCCCCAGACCUCGGAGGAGCGCCCCGGGGAGCUCGGAGCGCGUGCACGCGUGGAAGACGGAGCAGGCCAGUGGCCAGGAGCUUGAAUAUACCGGGCCCUGACAGUUUUGAGCGGCCUCUUGCAGUGACCAAAAUGAGAAAAAAGUGGAAAGUGGGGGGCACAAAGUGCAUCUUUUCCUUGUUGCUGUUCUUUCUUUUCCUAGAAGGAAGCAAAACAGAGCAAGUAAAACAUUCAGAGACAUAUUGUGUGUUUCAAGACAAGAAGUACAGAGUGGGUGAGAGAUGGCAUCCUUACCUGGAACCUUAUGGGUUGGUUUACUGUGUGAACUGCAUCUGCUCAGAGCUGGAGCCAGAAAGGCUAGAAACACCACAAAGCCAGGCCAGGAGGAGCUUUUGUCCACAGUUGGCGGGAGGCUUUGAAAACGAGAGCAGUGGUGACCCCAGCUUCAGAAAGAUAUGCCAGCCAGCUAUCCACCAACCCAGCAGACGUGCUAGUGAUGAGAAAAGGGAAGAAAAUGCUGAUUUCAUUCAGCUCCUUGGGAAUGCGUCAUUCGCUGUCUGGAAUGGGAAUGUGCUUUGCAGCCGAGUCAGAUGUCCAAGCCUUCACUGCGUCUCCCCUGUGCAUAUUCCACAUCUGUGCUGCCCGCGCUGCCCAGAAGACUCCUUACCCCCAGCGAACAACAAGGUGACCAGCAAGUCAUGUGAGUACAACGGGACCACUUACCAACAUGGUGAGCUGUUCAUGGCUGAAGGGCUCUUUCAGAACCGGCAACCCAAUCAAUGCACCCAGUGCAGCUGUUCGGAGGGAAACGUGUAUUGUGGUCUCAAGACUUGCCCCAAGUUAACCUGUGCAUUCCCAGUCUCUGUUCCGGAUUCCUGCUGCCGGGUGUGCAGAGGGGAUGGAGAAUUGUCGUGGGAACAUUCUGAUGGUGAUAUCUUCCGGCAACCUGCCAACAGAGAAGCAAGACAUUCUUACCACCGAUCUCACUACGACCCCCCACCAAGCCGACAGGCUGGAGGUCUGCCCCGCUUUCCCGGGGCCAGAAGCCACCGAGGAGCUCUCAUGGAUUCCCAGCAAGCAUCGGGCACCAUUGUGCAAAUUGUCAUCAACAACAAACACAAGCACGGACAAGUGUGUGUUUCCAAUGGAAAGACUUACUCCCAUGGCGAGUCCUGGCACCCCAAUCUCCGGGCAUUUGGCAUUGUGGAGUGUGUGCUGUGCACUUGCAAUGUCACCAAGCAAGAGUGUAAGAAAAUCCACUGCCCCAACCGGUACCCCUGCAAGUAUCCUCAAAAAAUAGAUGGAAAGUGCUGCAAGGUGUGUCCAGGUAAAAAGGCAAAAGAAGAACUUCCGGGCCAAAGCUUUGACAGUAAGGGCUACUUUUGUGGAGAAGAAACCAUGCCUGUGUAUGAAUCUGUGUUCAUGGAGGAUGGGGAGACCACCAGAAAAAUAGCCCUGGAGACCGAGAGACCACCUCAGGUGGAGGUGCACGUUUGGACCAUCCGAAAGGGCAUCCUCCAGCACUUCCAUAUUGAGAAGAUCUCCAAGAGGAUGUUUGAGGAGCUCCAUCACUUCAAACUGGUGACCAGGACAACGCUGAGCCAGUGGAAGAUCUUCACCGAAGGAGAAGCUCAGAUCAGCCAGAUGUGUUCGAGUCGUGUGUGCAGAACUGAGCUUGAAGAUUUGGUCAAGGUUUUGUACCUGGAAAGGUCUGAAAAGGGCCACUGUUAGACGAGACAGGCGGUAUUGGAUAGGAUAGAGCAAGAAAAAUCAAGCCGCAGCUGGACUGCAGGCUUAUUUUGCUUAAGUCAACAGUGCCCUAAAACCCCAAACUCAAAUGCAGUUUAUUAUUCACGCCAUGCACAGCAUAACUUGCUCCUUUUAUGUGUCAGUCCUUAAACAUGUCCUCCAAAGAGACUGGGAGAGUCUUGAAUUAUUUGUGGGAGGAAGAGGGAUAGAACACCACAGCACUGCUCUAAGUUUCUGGGAGAAUCACAUUUCUUUACAGGUUAAAGAGUAAACAAAACCCUAGGGUUUCUAUCUAGAAAGUUAUUCCAGUGAAAGAAACAGGAGAGAAAUGCUUAGUAGGAGUUCUGUAGUACAGAGAAAAUAUUUGUAUGAAAUCAUACUCUUUGAGUUUUA